UAGUAAGAAUCUGAAUAUUUUGAUGAAUUUUGAGCUUAUGCUGAAAUUAACAUUCCUGCACUGCCUUUAGCGUAGACUCGCGCCAAACAAGCAGUGUCACAGCAGUGUCACAGCAGUGCAGAGCGCCUCUCAUGAUAAUACUUUAUUAUUGUAGAGCUUUGACUUUGACUUCGGUGAAAUCAGUGAGCGGCCACGAGCACAAUACUCACUCACUCAUUAUCGAACGCGUCAAACUAGUUCGAAAGCGCACUCAUUUGCUUUUGCAGAAUCGUUCGAUCGCAAGUUUGACGCAACAUGUUCGAAAGUGAUAAAGCUAUGUUCUUAAAGGUAUUUACAAAGAUAACUUCGCCAGCCUUCAUUAAGUUCAUAAAUUCAAUUCUUUAUGAGGAUACCUAGGUAAUACUUAAUUAGCAUUUUGACUCCUCAACUGUGACGUAACCUAAUUGAAAAAUUGAAUAUAUAAGGGAAGUGUUCUUUAGCCAAAGACAGACAAUUCGCUUACCAUGCAAGUUCUACUCGUCUUUCUAUCUGUGACAUUUGCCCUGUCACUUGGAGCUAAGCUUCCGCUCGGUGGAACCCAAAAUCUUAAUAUCCAGCAACGCAUCUAUGGGGGAGAAAUUGCCCAUAAAGGACAAUUCCCAUACAUUGUUUCGUUGGCCAUCAAAAGGGUGGAUGGAAUGUUUACAUGUGGAGGCUCCAUCAUUGAUAACAACUGGAUUUUGACUGCCGCUCAUUGCACACACAACGCCGAGGGGGUUCAAAUCUUCUAUGGUACAACGGAAGAAUGGAAGAGUGAAAUUAGUAAUGUUGUCAGACCCGAUAACAUUAUUGAGCACGAACUUUACAAUGAUUUCACGCUCUUGAAUGAUAUUGCCCUCAUUCGCACACCUCGUGUGGAGUACUCGGAGUUGGUUAAUAAAGUGUCACUUGCCGAUCGUGAUAAUGACUACGAAGGAUCGUGGGCUGUAGCCAGUGGAUGGGGCGAAAUUGAGAAUAAUUCAAAGCUACAGUUUGUCGGCUUGCAGAUUGACGGAAAGAGUUCGAACACCAUUAUACGUAGCACAAUUUCGGAUGGCAAAUCCUGCGGCCGUGGUGACUCUGGUGGUCCCUUGGUCACUCAAGAUGAUCCUAAACUUAUUGGUGUUACCUCAAAAGGACAACCAGGUGUUUCCACUUCCUUUACUCGAGUUAGCGCAUAUCUGGACUGGAUUCGUAGUCACACUGGCCUAGAAUAGAUCCAGAUACCGUUAUACAAUACACUAAACCCAGCAUAAAGUGAUGUCUAAUUAAUUGCAUGUGAAUAAUUUGUAAUAAAAUAAAAUCGCGAAGUAUGUUGAUGAAGAGCAA